CUUGUAAAGUACAAAACUGGAGCAAGUUGACGCUAGCUUGGGAUUUUAUUUAGACUAAAAGCAAACCGCUGACAGCCUCUUUCUCAUAUUACCGACCCCUCCCCAACCUCACGUGGUUUUAAGCUAUGAGAAAGUACACAUCUCUAAUAGACUCAAGCUGACAGGUCACGUUUUUCAAAGUUCGCACCCACCGUCCGUGUUUAUCGGUUUACACAAAGGCUUUCCUUACUCUAUAUCUGGCAUCUCCGUUCGUUAACAGCCUCGUAAACAGCUCUUGGCUUUAUGAUUAGAAAGGAGGUAGCAAAAACAAGCUGAUCAUUCCGGCACUUCUUUUGGUACAGAUAUAGACACUAGAUAUGGGUUAUUAACCUAGUUGAGGUCAAGGUAAAUACUAAAUGGCUGGUCAAGUUGUUUUUGUUGAUUCGUACUUUUUAAGGGAACAAAAAGGGCAAUCCUGAGCACUUCUGGGGUGGGGGGACAUCCUCAGUUGGGUGGCCAAGCAGAGGUGCCUUCCUCUCUCCUUCCCUUUCGCCUCUAGUGCACUUAAAGAGAAGGGUGUGCCAGAACCAUCUCAUCAAACCGAAGGGGAGUUCCGGAUAUCUCAAACUUCCUGACAUCUAGCUGUUAGUCCGCAUCUCCGGGGGUAGACUCGUAUCCGGCGUAUUCACUAAUCUAAUUUUAACCUGAAUGCCUUGAGUUUUAAGUAUCUCAAAUUAUCUUGCUGUUUCUAAAAGCAGGAAAGUUUCUCUGAUUUGACAAGCCAUUAAUUUCACUAUGUUGAAAUUACGUGAGUUGCGCGAAAACCACCAACCACACGCUGAGGUUUUGAUUGUCAGACAGUCUGGGAAGCAGUAGGGUACAGAGCUAACCGUCCAUCAAUUAGCAUCUAUUUAUUAACGUAUGCGCCAGAAUAUUUUCAUAUAAAUCAGCAAUAUUUCUUUUCACGUGCUCUGGGGGAACAUAGUUCAUAGUUCACUUGCAGGUAGUACCUGUUGUGGUUGCGCUAAUUGCUCAUCAAUAGAAAUCCAACCUAUCACCAGCUUCUCAAUAAACCGGUUUAUAAUCCAAUGGUAACAAGAGAUUUUGAAAAUCAAACGACCUAAACCUCACUUCACGCAGCAAAUUUUUUCCCGUACACAGAGUUCGCAGGGAUCUUGGAGCCUUCUCAUCCAUGUUUCUUUACAUAAGAUGACGAAUUAUUCCAAGGAUCUCAACUACGAUUCUAAACGUUCCUGGUUCGUCUGCGCAUCUUCGUUCAUAGUGCAGUUCACUAUCUUUGGGAUACACAGUUCCGUGGGGAUUUUUUUCAUCGCCUUCGACAGGGAAUUUCACCGGAGUGAAUCCGCUACAGCAUGGGUAGGCUCAUUGGCAUUUGGACUCAUGUUUUUCCUGGGACCUCUGACUACAGUGCUGUGCGAGCACUUCGGAUGCCAAGUGGUCACGUGUGUUGGAGGCCUUCUCUCAUUCACUGGUCUUCUUUCUACGUCAUUCGUAACCAGUUUCCCUUUAUUGUACUUCACUUAUGGCUUUCUAUGGGGAGCUGGGACGAGUCUUUGUUACUUCGCCUCUUUGGUCAGUUUACCGUUGCAUUUUAGAAAUUAUUUAUCACUGGCUUAUGGAAUCGCUAUCGCUGGGGCUGGCUUCGGUGUUCCGCCGACAACAUGGGCAAUCAAUCAACUUAUUGGAUAUUAUAACUGGAGGAUAACCAUGAGAAUUCUCGCCGGAAUGUCACUUUUGAUGAGCGUUUCGAGUGUGACCUACGGUGGCUUUGCAACUGUGCAAGAACAUUGUGUUGAAAUGGAGAAGAGCAACGCAUCUAGGCAUUCAAUAAGUGAGACUACCCUAAAGCUUAAAUUACGUAUUUUGGAAUUUUUUAAAUUAAAUCCUUGGAAAAAUAAGGCCUUUGCGGUAUGGGCCGUUUCCCUAAGCUUCAUCGCGUUCGGAAACUUUAUACCAUUUGUCUUUUUGAUCAGCAUUGCAAACGAGAUUGGAAUACCGAGCUCCAAAAGCGCAUUACUCAUUGGUUACCAGGCCAUAACGAAUACAGUUGCUCGCAUCGCGUUUGGAAGGCUUGUUAAUAAUCCUCGAAUGGACAAAAUUGUAUCGGUUCAAAUAAUGGGCCUUAUGUUAGCUGUUAACGCCACACUCUUUCCUUUAGCAAAGACUUACUCUUCUUUAGUUGUAUAUGUCGUUGUCUUCGGUUGUUUUGAUGGAAGUUUAGCUGUUAUGUUUGGGAUGGGUACAUUGCAUAUUGUUGGAGAAAGACUCGCCGGGCGCGCAUUUGGAAAUCUUUGUUUCGCGGCUGCUAUUGGAAAUGUACUUGGCCCUCCUGUAGCAGGUUUUAUCUUUGAUGUCUUCGGAAAAUAUGACAUUGCGUUCUUCCUUUCUGGAGCCUUCAUGACGCUUGGGGUUUGUCUGUUGUUCCUUGUGCCUCGUUUGAUGCCGGAAAAAAUAGAAGUAUGCGAAGAAAGAGUGGUUCUUUUAAGCGACGAUGCUAAGAAACAAUCAACUAACUACAAGCAGAAGCCCAGAGCAAUUUACAGCUUUCCAAUAGAGGCUGCUUUCUUCGCACAAACUCGCUGCGAUCACGUGCUACAGCAUAGUGUUUCUAUGGGAACGUUAAGAGAGAUUGAUACGCCACCUUUGAUUAAGUCAGCAAUGUUCCGCGCAUGGUCUGCCGCUGCCCAAUUACAUUGCACUGACUCUCUGAAUGGUUCAUCGGGUUAUGAGAGUGACUUCAAUAGACAAAGCUCUUGCACUCAGUACAGUGAAGUCGUAGAUAAGUCACUGGAAAACGAACAUGGGUCUAUAACCUUGGUAACACCGGCUAUGAGUUUUGACAAUAUGGAGGUUUUUGUUCAACAAGAGAAACUUCAACAAGAGGGCUGGGUUGGAGGUGCUAUGGAUUUGUAUAGUGUUAUGUUUGAAUCCUUGUUGGAACGAGUAGAAACUAAUCCAAGAACUCCAUUUGAAGAUGAUUCAAGCGAUGAAAACGCUUCCAAGGCUGACGCAGAGAUGAAAAUAAUACCCAAUUUUUCCCAGUCAGAAUUUGGGUGCAAGUUAGAUCUUUGUCGAGAAACGAUUUUAUAAAAUUACCUUUCAAACUAUUUGAUUAGGACUUUUUUAUCAUUAUGUUAAAGGUACUUAUUAUUGGUUAAAAUGGCUGGCCAUAACAGUUGGUCGAUGAAGCGAAUUAUGUUAUUCAUUAGGACUGCUUUCCGAUCAAAUUACGUAGUUUAAAAGCUAACGUUUCGAGCGUUGGCCCUUCGUCAGAGCGAUUGUUAACAACCGCUAAGUCGGAAACGAGCCCGCUCUCCUCUCCCACAGGCAGUCUUAUCUCGAUGAAGAACAAAGAUCGGACUCGACAGAGUGUUAGGACGUACUGUCUGAGAGAGACUCAUAAAAGAUUACCAUAUUGGGAAAAAGGGUGGUUCGUCAUUAUGGACUAGCGUUUACCGUUAUCCAACAAUUUUAAAAUUAAUUUAAUGACUAGAGGGUACAUAAAAACGUUUUAAUGAUCCUAGUGAUACACAGUGUUGUACUAGGGCAACUUCUGACUCAGAAGGAAUUAUUUGUUAUCAAAAUAACAUCGAAUAUUUAUUGGUUUCUAAGAAACGUCUUCCAUUCAAGAAUUGCAAAGAAUAUCUAACUUGUCAGCCAUUUUUUAGGCACUGGUAAGUCAGCACAUUUCAAUGUUUUGGUGACUCAAAGUUUCAAUACUUUGUAUUAAUUGCGAAUUUUUACGAAUUUUUAUUUUAAUAUUUAUUAAUUUUAUAUGUAUCGAGAGCGUUCCUCUGUGAAUUGUAAGUUUUUUAUUCAUUAUUUUGUUGGUUUUAUCGAUUUGAAUUCGUUCAAAAAGGACAUCUUAGGGAUGGUUGGUGGAAUCUUAGCAAAAUAACAAUGAUGUCAUUGUCUCGAAAAAGUUCUAAUUCUUAAUUUAUUAAUUAAACGAUUUACUGAAAAUGAUUUAAGUUAUACUUAACCUUGCUGGUUUGAGGGAUAUCAUAUGGGUUUUUUCUUUAAGGAUAAUUGUCAAAAUAUUAAUGCACUUUGCCAUAAAUUAAGGGGCGUGCAUCUCAUUUUAUGUAGAGAAGUAAAAGCGUUUUUAAUCUAAAUAUGGGAGGUGGUUGAAUCCGGAACUAAAGACAAUAAAAUAACUCUACGCGAUGUGUUGAGGUUAAAUCGA